AGGAGGGGGGAAGCCAGCAGAGGCGGUGCGAGCCGGCCGGGGAGGGGGUGGCGGUGGCACUGGCUCCGCAGUUGCUGAUUGCGGCACGAUAGCCCCGACCGGCCGGACCUCGCGCGGGGCCUCGUGGAGGGAUGGGCACCCGCCUGCUGCUCGCCACUGCCCUGCUGCUGCUGUGGACCCCGGCCACAGAGGCCCUGAUGGAGCCGGAGAUCUGCUAUGUCCUGGAUGCCAUCCUCUUCCUCUAUGGCAUUGUACUCACCGUCCUCUAUUGCCGCCUGAAGUUCCUGGUUCACCGAGCAUCGCAGCGGGGAGCCGGCAAGGAGAAGGAAGAAGCUGUCUAUGCAGGGCUCAGCGGUGAGAGCCAGGAGAUGUAUGAAACCCUCCAGAUGAAACAUUCCUGACUGUGUCCUGCUGCCGCGCCACAGACGUUCCUCGUUGCCCUAUCCCCCCCCAGCAGCUGGGGACGCCCCUAUGCCCCCCCCCCAUUCCCUCCCCCAGGACUGUGAUGGAGAACUGGAGCUUUUCCCCCCUGGAAAUGGCUGGGUUUGGCCCUGAACUGCCUCCCGACCAGGCACUGGCACAGCCUGAGCACUGCUGCUGUGCUGGGACCUCCUGAGCCAGUGUGGGGCUGGAGCUGCCUGGGGCACAUGGUGCUGUGUCCCCUCACCCAGUAAAGCAGCACCAGUGUAAACAGA